CCCACUUUAUUGAGUUCUUCUACAUUUUACUUAGUGGUUAACAAAAACAUAAUGGUGACGUUAAGAGAAACACACUCGUAGGAACGUUUGGGUGCUUUUAUGUUUUUGACGAGAGUACACAGCGUAGUAUUUAUGUUGUCCUCACCUUCCUCGGUGAAUGCUGUCAUCAUGUCCCAUACCAACACUUCUCUUCUGGACGAGGUGGUGCAGUGGAGUCAGGAAACCUGCCGCCAGAAGCUCAAGUCUGUCCUCCCAGAACUCACCUCUUUGCAUCAUAAGUCUGAGAGUUGGGAUGAUCAUAUACGUAUACUGAAGAUAAUUACAGAUAUGUUCCUCCCUCACAUUGGUUUGUCAGAGCUGGAAGAUGAGUGCUUUUCCAAGAUCUUACCAAAGGCAGUGACAAUGUUUGACUGCAUGAUGAAAGAGAUUUUCAACCAAGUUGGGGGGCUGUCCAGUCAAAACACUGAGCUGUGUUCCUCACUAAGGAACAUUCUCCAGGCAAUGAUGCAGAUAGUUGAUGCACUAUCCACUUGUGUGCGUCAUGUUGGCACAUUUGAGGAAGCUCCUGAUCUAGAUGCUAUCCGCUCCUUACCAACUUGUAUCCUCAAAGUCCUCAGGAGAACUUUUCAGCACUGCAAGGAGAGUGAGGUUUUUUAUUGUGGCCGUCUGUCCCUGGUGGCUGACCUGCUGCAGGAACUCUUCAAGGAGGCCUACUCCCUCCAGAAGGGUCUGUUAGAGCUGCUGGACAGGAUCACCCUUGACAGCACUGCCUCAGAGGAGCAGAUCUCUGAUAUUGUAACAGUGAUUCAUGGCCUGCUGGAUAUCUGCUCUAUUAUCUCCAACCUGGACAUAGCACUGCAUGCAAAUACAUGGAAAUUUCUCAUCAAACAGAGUCUGAAGUACCAGUCAUUGGUGGAGGAACAUCUACAUCAUGGCGACAUCAGCAACAGCCUGUGUGACAACUUGUUGGCCUCCUUCCACCACUGUGUGGAGCUGGGUGAACAGAUUAAACAUGCUGGUCUGCAGGAGGCAGCACAAAGCCCAGAAUACAAGCUGUUCCAGAAAAUUGCAAAGAUGUGUAGAUUUUUUGCCAACACUUUGGUUCAUUACAUAAAGGAAUUCAAAUUUUUUCUGACAAAGUAUUGUAGCUGCUUUCACCAACUCUACCUCCAGAUCACCAGUAAGUUCCCUCCCAGCUUGUGUGCUCCAACGCUGCCCAUGGCUCUGUCUGAGGAGCUGAAUGCAGCUGCUCUGGUUCCCAUGGAUGCCCUCCUGCUCCAGCUGUUACCCUUACAACCCUUCGCUGAAGUUGUCCUGCAGCAGGACCUGCGGUUAAGUCCUGAACAUGGGCUCCCUCAGUGUAUUCUGCUGGUGAGCGUCCUGGGUCAGCUCACCUCCCAACCAGAGGAGGUGCUGCAGCUUUGGUACACUGGCAGCCAGUUCUCAGAAGAGAUACCCAGGCCUCCUCUCUACCAGGCCUUGUUUGCUAGUUUCAGACGAUGCCAUACUGAGCGUCAUGUACCGGUGCUGUUGCCCGGGGUGAUGAUGAAGGGUCAGGCCCAGGCCAAGGUCACUCUGCACCAACACAUCUGUGUGCAACUUUGUGCCAGUGUGGCUGCACUUCCCCCAGUGUACUUCCCCGUGCUGGAGCGAUGUUUAGUCGAUGCCGUACUGCAGGCCGAUAAUCAGACAGCUCUACUGGCAACAGAUGUGUGGUGCUUCACAGCACGGUAUGGGACAGCAGAACUUUGUCUACAUCAUGUCCUCCUCAUUGCUCAGCUGGUGAAAGCUUGCACUACUGAGUGUUACCAGUUGUUUCACCUGGGCCUGCUGCUCAAACGUAUGGUUUUCCUCAUGACGCCGAACCACCAGAUGGAGCUGGUGACGCGUUUCCCACCCUCUGAGAUGGAAAACCUUCCGUUGUGGCAACAUGUCCUCCUCAGAGCUCUUUCACAUGAUGCCCGUCACCGUGUAGAGACGGACAUCAUUGGCCUUACUCAGAAAGCUCUGACCGACUGGCAGAAUGGAGGGUAUAAACUAGGACAAGUGAAUAAAGUGAAUGUAGUGCUGUUAUCCUUCCUAGCGGUGGUCCAGGGGCAACCAUCUCCCGAGGAACAGUGUGGGUUGUCUGCAAUGAAGAUAAUCACACAGCUCUGGUUACGAAUGAGUCCAGACCAGGUGCAGACCCACCCUGUGCUCCAGUGCACUCUGCAGCGGCUCCUGUCAGUAUCAGCCAUUUUAGUGAAAAACCUUGAACAUCAAGUCAUUCUUCAGGCUCUGUUGUGUGUGGAUACUGUGGUGUCUCAGAAGUGUGAGGAUCAGCUGCUGCUGGCUGCUCUGCAGUUCCUCUCCUCCCUGGGGAAGAUCUUUGUCCCUCCUGACUGCCAGAGUCAAAUUCUGCCGAGGCUCAGUAGCCUGUUUAGAGUCCUGUUGUCUGACAGAUCCUGGCUGCUGCAUCAGCACACCCUGGAGGCCUUUUCUCACUUUGCAGAGAUUACAAACCAUGAAGAGGUGAUUUCCCAGAGUUUGUGUGAAGAAGAUACCAAGACGAAGGUGGUGAACUAUCUUAGCAAGACUGUGAAUGCACAGGAAGAUGCGGAGUCACGGCUACAGAGGCUCAAGCUGGAGAUGGCAGUUAUUGAGCAACAUAACGAGAGGCUGGAGAACAAUGAAGAAAAUACUUCUAACAAAGUAGCUCCUGAAACAGAUUCAGAGCCAUGCCCAAAGAGAGCUCGGCAGGAGACCAGUGCAGAGGAGUACAGCCGCUACAUGCAGACAGCUGAGAGUGCUUUGAAAGCCCUUCAGGCUCUUACUGAGGCAGAUAAAGCCAACACUACUGCACCACCUCCACCUUGGCUGGAAUCCAGACUACAGGAACUGCAGACCCUCAUAGCCCACAUCAGUACAGCCAGACACACAACUUAACUGCUCCCAUUUGUUUUCCAGCUCCAGAUUACUGACUUCAUGUAUAGAAGGUUUUUUUUUUUUUUUUUCCCCCCACCCCCUCAAGCCUGGGCCUGUGAAAGUCUGUACACUCUUUGCUGCUGCAGAAAGUUUUCUCCUCACUUUUUAAACCUGCCUACUCAUUCUUUGUUUGAUGUUAUUGUUUAUUAAACUUUGAGCACAAA